GCUUUGCUUAAUUGCUUUCUCGCUCACUCACUUUGUGACUGUCCCUCUCUUUCAUUUUCCUUCAUCAUUAAAGUCACCGAGAUCACAAAGUGAUCUCGUACCAUACAAGUCAUAAAUUGUUGUCACCGUCAAAUCUCACUGGUUCAAUUUAAAACGCCGGCCGCCAAACGCCGUUAACUCACUCUCCGAUUCAGAGUAGUAUAUAGUCUCAUUUGUUGGUCUCUUGUUAUCAGCUUCAGGGAUUUCUUUGUGGGUAAAAAGGUUCAGUGAGAUCUCAUCUUUUUUAGAGCUUGGCCUAAAAAGAUCACGACUGAAGGCUGGAAACUUUCAUGAACUACAGUUAGCAGUUCCUGCUGAACAUUUACUCAUGAAGAAGCUAUUCUUUUUCAGAUCAUCUGCAUCUAGCAAUGGAAACAACAACGGGGUUCCUCCACAAUCAACAGAUAAGCAAGUUUAUUGGGAGAACUCCUUGGAAAGUGGGGCUAAUGACAAAGCUGAGAAUAGCUAUAGGAGUCCUAGGAACCUGUUUUCCAAAUCUCGUAAGCAUGCAUCUGAUUGCAAAAGCUCCAGUACCAGUUCAGGUCUUAGAAGGAGCCGCUCAUUUUCAGCAGCUGCCUUUGGUGGUGUGCUGGGACAAACCGAUUUUUCUUGCUUGAACGAUCGAAGUAGAUCUCCUUCCAGUAGUACAAGCAGUACUCUACAUAACCAAUGUGAUCAUUCAUCUCGUUGUCGGACUAUUACUCCUAAGAGGCAAUAUAAGGAAAAACGAUUUCAAGAGCCAGCUAUUCAAAAUGCCCACAGAUUAGAGAGGCCUGGUUCUGCUGGUUCUUCCAGAACCUAUAAUGACUCAUCAUCCAUUUGCUCUAGUAAUGUUUCAAGUAAGAUUGUGGACCGCUUCAUUGAUGGAGAACAACUAGAAGAAAGAAGCAGGACUAAUAAUUGUUCUUCUCAGAGAAAUUAUACUGGAAAUGCUGAGAGGCUUCCCCCACGAGUUCAGUAUAUGGCACCUAAUUCACCAACAGAAGGUGUCAAAGAGAAACCAAGGGCUCAUUCAUUCAGGGAAGUCAAAAGUUCCCGGCUUCGGCUCUCACCCAAAGAUUGGGCAGAAAAUGGAUUUGGGCAUGAAUCUCCAAGGAGACUUGCGAAGAAUGUUAUUGACAGACUCUCCCAGUGUAAUGUUUUCCCCAAAACAAGUUCAAAGGAGUUUGGGCAUGAUACUCCAAUCACGAUUGAUGAUAUUUAUGGUAGAUCCUUGGAUGGGCGCUUCAAUCCGAACUCAGGUGUGGCCCAAAAAAUUUAUCCAUUGGAUGAACCACAUGAAACAGCUACUGGGUAUCAUGGGGAGGAUAACACAGGCUUCCCAAGACGGAACCUUUUUCACAGUGGUAGAAGUGAGGAUGCGAACUCCGAUGAAAUUGAAGAUUAUGUUGAUGCAGAACUAAGAAUAAGAUUCAAAGAAGCUCAGGAAAGGAUCAUGCUUCUUUCUGAAGAACUUGAGCAGGAAAGCUUUCUUCGAGAUGGUGGGUUUGAUGUACCAUCGUUGAAUCAAACAAUUAGAAACCUAACAGAUGAGAGGAUAAGCUUGGCAGUUGAGGUUUCAAGCCUCUUACAGUCUCAAAUUGCUGAGAGGGCUUCUGCUAAGGAAGAACUCAGAUGGGCAAAGGCAGAAUUGGAGUCCCAAACCCGACGACUAGAGAAGGAGAAGAAUGAGCUUCAGUCAGGAUUGGAGAAGGAGUUAGACAGAAGGUCGAGUGACUGGUCAUUCAAGCUUGAGAGAUUUCAGUCAGAGGAGCAGAGGCUUCGUGAGCGAGUUAGAGAGCUUGCAGAGCAUAAUGUCUCACUUCAAAGGGAAGUUUCUUCUUUUAACGAGAGGGAAAGAGAGAGCAGAAGCAUUAUAACAAAUUCUGAGCAACAGCUUCAGGACCUAACUACAAAGGUUGGGGAAAUAAAAGAGGAGAAUCAAGAUUUACGACAAAAUCUCUUUGAAUUACAAGAGAAAUAUAGAGCAGCAGAAGAAGAUCGGGAAUGCAUCCAAAAAAAUUAUGAAGAGAAGGAGAAAGAGUGCAAAGAGUUGCAUAAAUCCAUUACAAGAUUACUAAGAACUUGCAGUGAACAAGAGAAGACAAUAGAUGGGUUGCGAGAAGGUUUCAGUGAAAAACUUGGGAAGUUUCAAACAGUAGAGAACUUUGAUCAGCAUGUGAAGAAAUUACAGAUGGAGCAAAUGAGGUUGACAGGAGUAGAACUUGCUUUGAGAAGGGAGUUGGAAUCUUUUGGGCUUGAAGUUGAUUCUCUUCGACAUGAGAAUAUAAACUUAUUAAACCGCUUAAAAGGUAAUGGGAAAGAGAGUAUUGCUUUAACUUUCAAGCUAGAUAAGGAAUUGUGGACCCGCACGAGUUGCCUACAGAAUCAAGGGCUGUCAAUGCUUAAUGAGAGCACCCAAUUAUGUUCAAAGUUACUAGAAUUCAUAAAAGGGAAAGCAGGCCAACUUCUUCCAGAUGCUAAGAAGGGUGUGGAAGUUAUCGGGAAUGGUUUAGAUGCACAAUUUUUUGUUGAAACCGAGGUGAAACUUCAAGGAUUUAAGCGUGGAACUGAGAGCCUAACGAGGAGUUUGCAGAUGAUUUCUACUUUGUUGCAUGAGAAGUCCACUCCAGCUGCUUCUAAAUUACAGUCAAAGUGCAUUGAUGCUGAUGGAUCGGUGCAACCAAAUGAUCAAACUUCAGAGGGUGUUACAAGAUCUGAGCUUAAAGCAGAAACUUUACUAACUAAUCUAUUAAGAGAGAAGCUGUACUCUAAAGAGCUGGAAGUUGAGCAGUUGCAAGCUGAACUUGCAACAGCAGUAAGAGGCAAUGACAUCCUCAGAUUUGAAGUCCAAAAUGCACUAGACAACCUUUCCUGUGUCACUCACAAGUUGAAGGAUCUUGAACUUCAGACGCUGAAGAAGGAUGAGAAUAUAAACCAGCUUCAAAGCAACCUCCAAGAAUCUUUGAAGGAGCUAACGAGGAUGAGAGCGAUACUGCCAAAGGUUUCAGAAGAGAGAGAUUUGAUAUGGGAGGAAGUGAAGCAAUACAGUGAGAAGAAUAUGCUAUUGAACUCAGAGGUUCAUGCAUUGAAGAAGAAGGUAGAGGCCCUUGAUGAAGACGUUCUUCUGAAGGAAGGCCAGAUUACAAUCCUAAAAGACACCCUAGUUAAAAAACCUUUUGACCUUCUUGCCAGCCCUGAUUCUUUGCAAGAUUUCCUGCUGGAAUGAUGCCGGAAAGCUGGAUUAUUAUCACACUGUUCAUAGUCCUAUACUUGUACUUUGUGCUUUGAGGCUGCUCUUGCUUUUGAACAUCUUCUUUCUUUUUUAAAGGUUUUGAUAAGGAGUAAAAGAAACAUACCGUGGUUCUUUUGUGAUUGGCCCCGUUCACAUAAUUGUAUGUAGUUGGUUUACCAGCUUAGCAAUACCAGGAGAAUGUCUUUGCAAUUCAUUUCAAUGUCUCUCUUGGAAGAA